AUGCGCCACGUUACUACCUAUCACUCCUUCAUACCAAGCAAUCUACCUAACGCCCCACUCGAAGUUACUCUGUACCUAAGUUCUAGACAGCCGUAUCUUCAGAUUUCGGUCGAUCAAGCCCCUUUGCAUCAUGGCAUCUUCAAUAAAGUCCUUGAAAUCGACGUCAAAGCCUCGCAACAGCAAAUCCGCGAUGCCUACAAAAAAGCAGCACUAAAACACCACCCAGACCGCGUGCCCUCAGACUCACCGGAGCGCGCAAGCCGCACAAAGCGCUUCCAGCAAAUCAACGACGCAUACUACACACUCUCGGACGCCACGCGCCGCCGCGACUACGACGCCGCACGUACAUACAACAGCUUCACAGGCACCACCGCAACGCCCGACCCGGAGUUUGAUGAGGAGAUACCUCACAAUGCCAACGCCAACGCGGGUGCCGGUACAGGAUUCGCUCAAGGCUUCCCUUGGUCCGCCUUCGGCUUUGGGUCCGCGCCAGCAGGCACAACGGAAGAAUCGCACAACCGCUUCUCCGAAGAGCAGUUCGGCGGCAUCUUUGAGGAGAUGCUGCGCGAAGAGGGUAUGGCGGACGCAGAGGCUCAUCCUACAGGCAAGUUCUGGAGUCUAGUCGGUGGACUCAGCGGUGGCGCUAUGGGAUUCAUUGUUGCCAAUUUUCCCGGUAUGGUUGCCGGGGCUGUCGCGGGAAAUCGAUUGGGCGCGGUUAGGGAUGCCAAGGGCAAGAGUGUCUAUGCGGUCUUUCAGGAGAUGCCGCAGGCGGAUAAGGCGAGGCUGCUGAGUAGUCUUGCCGCUAAGGUUUUUGCUAAUGUGGUUUCUGCCUAA